AUGCUCAAAUUUAUUAGUGGAGUUGUUUGUGGAAGUGGAAUUACAACACUAGCCCAGUUCUAUGUAUCGUCAACCAAAUUAGAGAGUCCACCAGGCAGUGAAAUUUCACAAGUUGAACCUUUACAUGUUGUGAUGAAUGAUUCAACUCCAUCACCCAGUCAUUCAUUGGCAAUUCCAAGUACGGAUUCAUCUCUAAAUGUUAUAGGAUUGACUUUGGGAGGAAAUUUUGUUUUGAUUUGGGUGGUGUUGUGGGAAGUGGGUAAAAUCUUAUUUGGUAAGAAGAACGAGAAAAGGGAAAUGAGAAAGGAAGAAGCUCAACAAGACGAAACAACAAAACUGAAUAAUUCUGAAGGAAAAAUUGAAACUGAAUCAAGUAUCAUUAAGAAUUUGUAUUAUUUGGGAUAUAAUUGCAAUCAUUCCAAAUUGGAUGAGAAAAUUCAACAGAUUCUCAAUACUAAUCAACUUGAAAAAAAGGUCAAAAUGAGACAAAUUGCUUUUGAAUCAACGAGAAGUUUGAAAAAGCCAACAAGUGAACAUGCGAAUGGAGCUGAUAUAUUGCUAAUUCCUUCUGGAGAUUGUCUUUUUAUGGAUAUUCCAUAUAUAGCAAUGAAAGGAUUUGGAGAAUAUGAAAUUUCAAAUAAGGCUAUUGAAUUAUUGAAACAAUCUGUACAAAUAAAUUCAAAUUAUUGA